CCUAUCCCUUGUUUUAGCUGUAGGAAUAAUAGUAUUAAUUCUGUUUUAAUAUAACCUAGUCAUGUUUCGCUCACGUAUUGUCCGUCAAGUUUCAAUUCAGGCUCUUGAAACUCCGUCUGAACUUCCAGAAUGGGCUAUUAAAAAAAAGACAUGGCUUACAAAGUCUUUUUCUUGGGCAUCGGGUAAGUUGCAAAUCGUGGCUACACAUAUCAUAAAAUUUAGUGACCAUUUUAUGGGUAUCCAGCCAAAGGAAAGUCUUUACCGGCUUCCUCGUCUCCUAAAGGUAAAUGAUAUACGACCCUCAGUGAUGGAUAAUUGUUUUAUUGCACCAAGUGCCUUUAUUUCAGGAGAUGUACGAGUAGGUCGGAAAAAUUAUAUUGGGUACAAUGCCAUAAUUCGCGCUGAAAAGGAUGAAACUAUUUACCUAGGCGAAAGCUGCAACAUACAGGAAAAGGCAGUCGUCACAGGGAAUACUACAGUGGGAAAAUGGGUGACAAUUGAACCAAUGGCCAUUGUCGAGUCUGCUGAUAUUGCCUCCUGUUCCUUUGUAGGGGCUAAUGCUAUUGUCAUGAAGGGAAGCCAAAUUGAAUCAGGCUCCAUGCUUUGUGCGGCAAGUGUAUUACAGGCAUACGCUGUUAUUCCCUCAGGUGAGAUGUGGGCUGGUAAUCCUGCCGAAAAAGUUGCUGAUUUAACUGAAGAGGAACAGGAGCAAAUUAUUAAGGCAGCGAAGCAUAUGGUUAUUUUGGCUAUCGAACAUCAUGAUUCCCUAGAACUGACUUGGGAAGAAAUUGAAGGCCAGAGAGAGGCCCGUGAGGCUUGGGCUAAUCAAGCACAACGCGGUCGUGAGAUUCGUGGUAAAGCCAUGUACAUCAAGGAGCCCCCACGCCCGAAUCGCAAGCUGAAAGACACACCGCAUGCGACUGCACAUGGAACAAUCAAUCCACCUCCAAUCAUGGAAAGCUUUGUUCAGGGAUACUAACUAUUGUAAAGUUAUAUUACUUUUUUUUUUGUAGCAAUUGCAUAGAAGAAAUUCAAGGAAAUUUUGUUUU